AUGCGUUUGUUUCCAGACGAACUUGAAAGGCAGUUUGUUGAUUCGCAUUGCAAGGUUAUAGUCACGGAUAAACCACAUCUGCAUAAAGUACUUCUUGCCAGUAAAAGAUGUCCGGAGGUGAAAACAGUCAUUUGCACCCGAACACAACGCUCGUCAGGUGCUCUUCCAGAAGGUGUGAUAGCAUGGGAUGAGGUGAUCGCUACACCGGUUUCGUCUCUUCCCAAAUACAACUAC